AAGAAGAAGAAAAGUUUCGGGAAGAGCAGGAGGGAGGGGAUUCCGGAGUGGAAGUGUAGUAAUCCGACAGCGAGCAUGACCGACGCCGAGGCGCAGAGCGCUCCACCAUCGGCACCUGUGGAAGACAAGCCACAGCCUGAGAGGAAAGUCAUAGCCACCUUGGUCCAAGGCACAGUGAAAUGGUUCAAUGUGCGGAAUGGAUAUGGCUUCAUAAACAGGAAUGACACUAAAGAAGAUGUGUUUGUUCACCAGACUGCUAUCAAGAAGAACAAUCCUAGGAAAUUCCUCCGCAGUGUGGGAGAUGGGGAGGUCGUAGAGUUUGACGUGAUUGAAGCAACCAAGGGCUCAGAAGCAGCCAAUGUAACCGGUCCAGGCGGCGUUCCAGUCAAAGGCAGCCGCUACGCACCCAACAAACGCCGCUUCCGUCGGCGGUUCUUCCCCCGCAGCCCUAGGCCUGGUGAACAGGGCAAACCAGCUGAUGGCGAAGCCCCAGCUGCUGAGGGCGAGGGCGAAGGGGAGAAUGGUGGAACGAGACCUCCGCAGCGGCGCCGUAGGCCCCGCAGACCACGACCGGAUGCACAAGAAGGUGAGGCAGCAGAGCAAAAGAACGACGUAGCAGAGGGCGACCAAACGCAACGGCAGCCACAGCGUAGAUUCUGGCGCCCAUACCGCAGACCGUUCCGCCCUCGCCCGCCUCCUGAUCAGGCUGCAGACGACCAGCAGGCUGCUUCAGAAGAGAGCCAGGAGCAAAGCGGGGUGAAGCAGACGGAGGCAUCCGAGGGCCCCCCCACCAACGGAGAAGUAGCAGAGGGCCAGAAACCUCGCCGCCAGUCUAGACGCCGCAGGCAAAGGAACUCUGAAUCCUCUACCUUGAAAAACGAUACAGAGAGGUCUGCAUCAGAGCCUGGUACCCCCCCUCCGACCUCAAAACCAGCUGACCUUAAAUCCACGUCAAAAUCACCAAAGGGCUCCCCCAAAACCUCUCCUAAAACAUCGAAAUCACCCGAGGUAAGGCAGCUGCCACAAUGGUCCCGGCACCAACAGAGUGACUCUAGAGAGAGGACAGUCACGUGACCCUUGGCAAGAGGUCCUAGGGUUGGAGGACUGGACCUAUUUCAGAACACAUGCACUGCUCCCCCCCCCUCCCCAUCCUCCAACCCACCCCGUCCUGUUGUCCCUCUUGCCCGCUCCCCUCUCAUCUUGUGUUGUCCUGUCUAGACACUGAUGUUUGGAGAGGGAUGAGGUAGGGAAGAAGGGGAUACAGAUGGGUGGUGGGUGCAUUUUUAGAAAUUAUAAGUACAUCUUUAAAGGAAAAAACAGGAAAGAAUGGACAAUCUGCUUGGUAGCCCAGUUAUUCCAACCCCCCUGUAAAUGUUUUGUCUUUAAUUUCCUAGAUGGGACUCAUCAAGUAGUUUAUAGAGGAAUCAGCCUUGAUUUUUGUUCAACUUUUUUAAUUUGGUUGAAGAGGGGGAAAACCAAGCAAGUGUGAGGUUGGUGGUGCAUUAUGGGAGUCAGUUUAGUUCUGUUAUCACCUCAGUAAAUUCAUACUACUCCCUUUGUCUCCUCAGUUGAGGAUAGAUUGCUGAAAAAAAACUUUUGUUUUACUUAUUUGUGUGCUUUUCUUUGGAGGGGAUUAUGUGCAAUGUCAGUACUUAAAAUGCUAAUUAAUAAAUGUUUGCAAAACUGAAA